CGAAGGCAAGAGGAUGAAGUAAGAGACUAGCAUCUGUGUGUUUUCCAAACUUGCACAUGUAGUCCCAGUGUCUAAAAACGGGUUUCGGUUGCGGUUGGUUUUUGUAGCAGAGAUGCGUGCGCUAAUUCAUUUCCUCGACCACGGUGAGAAGGCAAACGCAACGGACUUUGCGUUGCCGGUCUGGCAUUCCUUCGCACGAAUCCGCUUUCUUAUCACGCAGCAGUGCUCAGGCUCGAGCGGAAUCCGACAUCAUCAUCACCAUCACAGCAGCACCAGCAUGAGUAGUACAGCAAGGAAAACCGCAGGCAGAUGCCUGAUGGUGUUCCUGUUUCUCGUGCAAUUUUUCUGGAUGGUGCAAACAGACAACCGCGAGGAGGCUAGACAGGCGGAACGACGUGAGGCGCAGCCGGACGAAGCAACCGACACGGAGGAACCCGCUCCGGUCGCACCUGCACAUGAGGGCACGAAAGGGAAAUAUCUCAGACGAGCCCCCGGCGCUUCAAGAAAGCCGACGAAGCCACCCAUUGCUGUAUUUCUAGAGCACUUUGCCGAGGCAGUUUUUGGGCCGCCAACCUCUACAACAACGGCGAAAAGCAGCCUGGACACUGGGCAACCUACUUCUACCGGCGCAGGAGCGUCGGGGGCACGUCGAGCUUCUAGCCCCCGCGAGGAGAACGCAAUUCCAAUCGAUAGCUACGAAGCUGCAGCCACCUAUCUGCCUAUGCGCGGAGCAAGCACGACGAGGUCGAGGAUGACGACGAACGUUGCCGCUCCAGCAACUACAGUUGCUAGCAAAGAGAACAAAGAGAGGAAAAUGCAAGGAGCAGCCUUACUAGAGAAGCAAGGCGAUACCGAUAUUAUGGGAAAGCCCUUUGAUGAUCCCGGCGGAACUGGCGGUGUAUCUUCCGCUUCUAGCGUGAAGAUAGACAACAUGUACUCAGGCCAGACGAGAUCAGCCGCAUCAAAAGGACACCCACCACCUUCGUCUUCUCAAGAAGUGAAGCGGAGCGCGAUAAGGACUACAAGACCAGCAUCCACAGUACUAGAUACAGAUCCGAAGGAUGACGUCAACCCGACGAUAACACCAGCAGCUCCGCCGCUCGAAGUAGAUGGAACAAGAGCGAGCGCCUCGCAGUUGACAGGAGCUCCUUCUACUUCCUCUUCAAGCGUGUUGCAGUUGAACGCUGAGCAAGUGCAAGUAGGUCCUCCUGUGGAGGAGGACGAAAGCUUCGACCUUUCCGGUGCAACCCACGACCAGGUACACGGGUUCGUGCCGUUCUCCGUUGCCCAUGGCGUGUCCGAGGCCGCGGACACAGACCCGCUCCUGGCUCAGGACCAUAGUUUCGUGAUGGAUCUGAAGGAGAAAAAGCUGCUGAAAGAGCGGGAAGAGGGCAAAGCGCUGUUUCCCGGCGACUCCUCCAAGAUCGAGGAGGCGAUGAACUUGAUCUGUCCCCCCGGGUUCUACGCGAUCAACAGUGAAGCGACAACGGCUGCCGCGAAGGAGGCCAGCGAGGGGAAUGGGGGCGCAAAGAAGAGCCCGACGAAGCUGUUGAAAGCGCUGGGCUUCGACGACAUUCCAACCGAGGUGACCAACGCCAUGGCGGUUUACGUGAAGGAGCCGUUGUUGAGUAACCGGCCGCUGAUCUGUCCGAAAACCACAACCAGGUACGACGAGGAGGACAAAACAAAGGCGAACAACGGCAUCAUCGUCAACUACGUGAAAGACAAGGACGCCAGGCGGAAAAGGAAAGCCCUCUCCGUCGACAAACGGAACAACGCCAUCGUCACCUGCCGGCUCUCCGCCGACCGGGACAUCAAAAAGGCCUCUCUCGAAUACCACCUGAACGACAAUUCUCCGCUCCGGUUGCGCAUGACACGGGUGAAAACCGACGGGGAUUUGAAAAAUCCUUUGAGGCCGGCGGAUUUUUUCCCGAUCAAGUAUCGCUGUUCCAGUCAGAACUACGAGGCCGCCAAAAACGCGGUCGCGCCCUACUUCAAAUUCGGGAUUCAGGCCGGCGAAGACGCGUUCCAGCGGUACCGGAAGUUGAAGAUCGACGGGGAGCAGCCCUAUUACGUCGAUUUGGUGAAUUCGGAGGACCCGCGGUACAAAAUGACGGGGUCUGGAGCCUCCUCCACCUCCGCUUUGCAGGUCGAACCCCACAUAUUGCUGAACCUGACGCCGGGCGUGGCCGAGCAGGCGCACAAGCUCGCACGCUGGGGCGACACGGUAAAAGGCCGGAUGGACGCCCAGAAGCGGUGGGUGCUCGCCGACCACGAGGACAUUGUCGGCCACUCGAAAAAGAACCAGCAGAACGGGGCCGUGCCUCACAUGGUGGUGUACCUUCCCGCGGUCGUGCCUCUGCGGAAGUACAAAGGGAAGAAGGUUCUUUUUUCCGUCGCGCUCGCGGGAGGAGGUGGGGGCGGUGGAAAGGCCAAAAGUGCGAGCGCGGCUUUGCAGCUCGGAGCGCAGGAGGGGGGAGGUGGUGCCGAUGAGGGCGGUGCUGACAAAGAGAAGAAAGAAGCGGGGGGUGAUAAUGCAGAAGAAGGUGGGCAAAAUAAAGCGGAAAAAGCUGAGGAAACGAAAGAACCGGAAGAGACCUCCGAAAAAGGCGAUGAAUCCUCGAAGGAAGAAGACAAAAAGGCGGACGAGGACACGACUUCUAAGGAGAGCGAAGCCGCAGCGCAGGAGGAUGAUGCAAGCAAGAAAGAAGAAAACGGCAAAGAAGGGGGGGACGAAAAAAAGGACGAAAAUUCUGCAGCCCCUGGAGACGACAGUCACGCAAGCAACGAUGAGUCAGCUACAGCGGACAAAAAUAAAGACUCGGUGCCAGAUGCUGAAGAAACAAAAAGCGGUAACGCUGAGGCUGAAGAUGACAGCGACAUUACUAAAGAGAAAGGCAAGGAGGACCGGGGCCCGAAAAAGCAUCUCGAGGAGGAGGCACAUGUCCCGAGUGCGCCGCCAGCAACGGGUGACGAAGUGAGGACGCGUGCCGAGAACGUCAUCAGUACGUUUCCGGAGGCGGAAAAAGCGAAUGUCCGGGUGGAAGUAGUGCCUGGCGUGAACGGUAAAGGGCAGCGAGCGCAGGUCUACGCAGACAAGACCUAUUUUCUCACGCCCAAGGUUCGCGACGCGAUCGGGAAGGAAUUCGACAACGCUGACCUGAAAUACGCUGCGACAAAGCUCGACGCGCAAAUCCAAGUCGUGACGGAGGCCGAGGGGCCAAGUAGCGAAAUCGAGUACGUGCCGACCCCCGACAGCAGCUACGAAAAUUCGCUGGACGCGCAUUUAUCCGAUUCGUCGAGUGUCGUGAUACGUGCGGUCCCGCCAUCGGAGCUGCUUUCUGCGUUUUCCGAAGAAGAGAGGCACGGCUACGAGAGCAUCCAGAAAGAAGCGCUCACGGGAAAGCAGGUCUCGAUGGCCUCGGGCGGCACGGGCCAGUGCAACUUUCAGAUUGCGGACGUGCAGGAACGGUUUCAGACGAAGUGUAGCGUGGCUCUGAGUCCCAGUCCGUACGUGGGGGCGGUGACGGAUCAGGACGAAAAGGCCGCGGAAGGAACAGCUGCGGAAGGAGCUGCUUCGUCGUUGCAGCUUCGGAAAGAAGCAAUUCAGGCAGAGAGCGAGGGCAAAGCGGAAGAAGAAGGUGAGCCAGCGAAGAAACAGAGUACACCAGAUGAGCAGCCCAGAACUUUUUCUCCCAAGGAGGCCGACGCCUUAAAGCAGUUCGGUAUCGCGAUUGACAAAGCAACGAAACAGCCCAAAAGCACCCGCAUAUUGCUGCGCAUGGCAGUUUAUCCUGUGCAAAAGUAUCGUACUCGUAGUAAUUGCAAUCACGCAUUACAAAUUUUUUUCUCAAGAUAAAUCCGCAUUACAAAUUUUAUGUGUCGUGCUAAGGGAAUUUGUCAUGCAUUUAUACGAGUGCGAUACUUAUUUUGCACUUCAUACAGUUCCACCUGGCGGGUCGUACCAACGCGAUAUGUACCGGGUGCAGUCUUAUCAAAUGUAAAGAUGUCUGGGUCUGGAAGAAUGCAACUUGUGAUGCUGCAUUUCGAUGACUAAAAAACUUGUGUUGCAUGAGCAGCAAACAGAGUCUAAUUUUUGCUACGCGGAGAGGGCAUUUGUCAUGCGGAAUGGGCAUCGAGAAUCCCUCAAAAAACCUGUGAUGCUAGGGCAUGCAUUACAGGCAUCAUGGGUCAUGAGAAAUAUGCAUGACAAAUCUUGCAUUCUUCCAGACGCAGACCCAGACAUUUUUACAUUUGAUAAGUCUGGAAUGAGCGCGAAAAGUGAAAUCAAGGGCCAGGCGCGCGCAGCCAUGCACCAGAAGAAACUGGACGAGUUAUUGGCAAUCGCAUUGAAGACCUCCGGCGAAAAAGCGAUAGAAGGCGGGUCGAGCGCGUACUAAAAGUUAUGCUUGCAUGAAUUUGUAUUGGCAUGUUUGCCGUUGCUUCUAUAAUGAGAACAAAAUUAAUAACUGUUCUUCAUUUUCAUCGAAAAGUGAGUUGGAAUGAUAUCUUGCAGGCCUGUCUUCCAACAAAAUUUUCACGGUUUAGAAGAGUAGCACCCACGUCCUCCUUUACGACUACAAAUGUUUUCCAGGUUGCAAGCCAGCGAACUAGGGUUGCGGUCGGUGUUUCCGGAUCUCGUCGCCCCCCAGCUCCACGUACUGAACGUGGAGCAGGAAGGCGAAAAAUUUGAUGCAGCGGCCACAAAAUUUCGUGUCGGGUUGUUUCGGAAUCCCUCGGACUUCCGAGAAAUCAUUGCUGAGCAUGCGGAACCGAGCUUCCAGGCGACCUUACCCUCCUCGGUUUUCGUCCCGUACAAGGUUCCGCACUUCGGGAAAAGUAAGCAGGCAGAGCACACGACGAAAUGGUUUCGGUCUGCGCCAGUAGCGCCCCCGCCGGACGAAUCGGGUGAGGGCAGUAGCAAUUUGCAACCGGGCGACCGAGUAAGGGUGGUGGGAUACACGCAAGCAGGGGCGGAGAGCGUAAACGAUAAAAUCGGUAUCGUGAAGGUGGUUCCGUCCAACAAGAACCAGGGCAAGUACUCUGUGGCUUUGCUGAAGCCGCCGACCGAAGCAAAGACCAAUGACGAGAAAACCAGGCUUGGCGACAGCGGAACAGUAGAAGAGAGCGGCACGAAAAACGAACAAUCCGAGGGCAGUUUGGAAGACGUGAUUCAGCUGGUGAAGUCGAAUUUGGUGAAGUUGCCGAAGUUCAAUUUCCAGUCCGUCGCCACAUCCGGAAUCGAGGUGGAGCCGCGCGACGUGUACUUUCCCGACAGUGACGAGUUAGUGCAGGAAGCUCAGGACAGCGCCAACCGGGAGCUGCGCGCCUUUCGCGAGGACAUGAACGGGCCGCGGUUCGUCGCGAUCGCCUUCAGCUCGAAGGGGGGGCAGAAGGACUUGCUGGAGCAAGUGAAGCACAAGCUCGAGAAAGUGUCGCUCACCGACGUCGUUAGCGGGACCGAUACAGAAACCACCAACGCCCUGGAUGUGGUUGAGGAUCGGGGCGUGAUCUCCAUCAAAAAGCCAGACAGUGCCUCGUCGAGCAGCGCUAGCCCGAAUUUGUUGACCGGGGACGAAUGUGACCGUAUCAUUGAGGCGCUGACCGGAAAAAUGGACUUCGUCACGUUCGAUGAGACCAGCGUGGAAAGAACGGGCGAAAAUAGCGAAGGGGAACAGGAGCAGGAAAAUAAAGAAAAUACACCAGAGAUCGACCAGGAGAAACGAAAGAAGCAGGCCACGCUGUCUGCCGGACUGGUGAAGACACUUCGCUCAAAGGCGCAAAUCGGAAAAGUCUUGCAGAAACUCGACCUGCUGGGCAGUUUGGAUCUGCAGAACCGAGGCGACGGGGUGUACCAGCUGCAGAAGUCCGCGGACUUUUCCAAGGCGGAUCCAAGCGACGCCCAGAAGGUGCAGAAGGAGCUUGAGAAAGACGAUGAAUCGACGGCCAAAGACUCCUACGGUAAGUUCUUACUCCUUGAUGGCCGCGGGUUCAUGCGGUCAGACGUGAAUCACCGGGCGAUCAUCAUCACGGUGGACAAGAAGACGGGCAAGGAAACGCAUCGGCGCAUUUCCGACUGGCACUUUUUCCGCCCGAAAAACGUGAUCAGUACAUCCAGUGCCCACAGCUUCGACCACGACGAGGAUGAGCAUGAGGGAAGGAGAUCAUCGUCAGACGCCAACGGAGAGAAAACCUACAUCGUGUCGCUCCAGAGCGGCGUCCGGCCGGAGGACCUGGAGUCAGAGUUCCUCGAGGGAGUGCCCUUUUACACGGCGAAGAAGAUCUCCCCGGCUCUGGAAGUCGACAUGCCGGACGUGCAUCGGUUGUCCGGCGACGUGGUGUGGGGGGAGAUGGAUCCGGACAACCCAGGGUGGCUGAAGAUGAGCACGCCGAGGGGCGUCAGGUACCUCCCCAAAGCCGUUCUCCGGCCGCUGAUCCAAAAUGUAGAGGACAUGCCGGCUGCGGAUACCCCCUCGAGCCUGAACGAGGUGAGGAUGGGUCCUCUGCGGGGGGUGAUGAACACGCGGCCGCUGAACGACCGGCGAGACUACACGCUCAAGGACUUAGCCCGGGACGUGACGACGAUGUUUCCGCACUUGCUCCAACAGCAGAAAAAACACGUGCUCGCCAUCGAGGACAAGGCGCCAAAGUUCAAGGAGAUGGCGGAGUAUCUCCGGGCCCGGACGGCGCGGCUGAAGGUGCUGUUGCAGGGCUACAAAAGCAAGUACGCGAAAGACGCGUCCGAUGUGGUGUCGUUGGCGAUGAGUGAGUUCUCCUGUGUGGAGCGGAACAAGCGGAUUCGGGAGGAGGUGUCCAUGUACUGGGACCAUCGGCAGGGAACGACUUUGGGGCAUUUGCUCGAAGAUAGUCCCAAUCCCCCGACCAGUAACGAGGAGGAGGAGUUUGUGCGGGAAGCGAAGAACACGGGUGAGGACACGGGAAAGCCCGAGGUCGAUCAGGAGCCGCCGCCGCUGCCAGUUACUACCAAGAAGUCCAGCACGUUGGAACGGAGAGAGCGAGAAAGCGACGACGGGACGGCGGUCGGGGACGGGACUGAGGAAGACGCGAUUCGCGAAGUCGGCGGAAAACUGCUUCAGGCGAUAUCAGGUGCUGGAGGUGGCAGCAGCACCAGCAGCAGCACUGGCGGCGGUGGAAAAAUUCUUGCGGAGUCGUCUACGCCGCCGGUCGCGUUAGCUGAAGAGUCACAAGAACCAACCGCAUCUUCACAUAUGUCGUGGAACUUUCCGAACAGCGGGACGGCGAACAAACCACUAACAGUGUCAACACAAAAAUUGGGAAAAUCCAGAGGCUACGAAGAAGCUGAAGUAGCUGGCGCACGAGUUGGCACGCACGUCGAGAAGCAGCAACCGCAAGCGAAAGCGAAUAGCAAGGCACAAGAUCAUCCCGACGCCCCGCUUUCCGACGAAGAGAUUCUGAACUCGGUCUGGAUGAACCCGGGCGAAGAAGACAAGUUGCAAAUCGAGCGCGAGAUGGAAGCAGAGGGGGGUGGCCGAACUACUAGUAGUGCAUCAUCGGAUCAUUCCACUUCGUCUACGACAGCAUCCGAUGUGGAGGUGCCGGAGCUGGAUAUAGACAUUGCCCAGGACGACCUGGUUGACACGUCGUCUUUCCUCCAGCAGCAGGUUGUGCAAAGAUACGCAGCGCAGGAGACCGAAAAAAUCGACGAGGACGAGCAGAUUUUGCGAUCGUUGGGACUGGGCGACGACGUGGACAUGGAACUUAUUCGCGGCAGUGUGACGAGUGAGAACGACGACCACGAGGAUGCGUUUUACAACGAUGAGAACAAGGAGUUUGCAGACCUGCGGGACGUGCUCCUCGGGAGAGCGGUUGUGGUAUCAAAUGCAAAAAUGUCUGGGUCUGGAAGGUUGCAACUUGUGAUGCUGUCUUUGGAAGGUGAAAAAAAAUCUGUAUUGCAUGACCAGCAAGAGGAGUUCACUUUGUGCUACGCGGAGUGGGCGUUUCUCAUGCGGAAUACGCAUCAGAAUGCCGUUUGAAAAUCUGUGAUGCUAGUUAAUGCAUUUCAGGCUUCAUGGGUUAUGCAAAUUAUGCAUGACAAACCUAGCAAUCUUCCAGACCCAGACAUUUUUGCACUUGAUAUGUGGACGCGCCGAACUACAUCGCGGACUCGGCAGCCGACCUGUUUGGCGGAAUUCUCGCUGCGAUAUCCAGGAAAAAACACCCAUGCCCAUCCAAUUUGUCAUGCAAAACAUGUAUAAAAUCCACUAUUUGUCAUGCAAAAAAUGGAUGGGGAUGGGUGUUUUUUCCUGGAUAUGCGAACGAAAAAUCCGGGAAGCGCUUGAUGUUGAUGGAGAAAGAUAAUGGUGUCGCGCCUGGACGACCUGGCGAACAGGAUCGCCAACAUGCAGAUGCAAGAGCAAGUCGAAGUAGAAUGAAGCGACACCGCUAUAAAAGAACGCCCUCAGCGUACGGAUACGAAAGUGCGGCCGAGCGUUGGAGUGAGGGGGACGACGACGGGGACGAGUCCGCGGAUUUGGAAGACAGCGACAGAGCAAGCAUUUUUCGCUCUUCAACUGCAUCUUCCUCUUCAAACUCAUUUCUGGAAAUCGAUGAUCCGGAAGAUCUAGAUCAUGAAUCGCUGUUGCAGCUUGAUCCCGCGGAUCUUCAUUUGGAAGGCGCGACUGGUCAAAGAAAAAGUGCUAAAGCAGGUCUGGUUUUUGGCUUCGCUGGAGGCUUGAUGCAGGAGAAUGAGGACCUCUCUCGUGGUCAGCAACAGCAACCGUCAUCAACGUCCGGUGAAGUAGCAACCGACGUCGAUUCCUUUCUUCACGACGCCAAUGACGAGAGUGACACAGAUUUGGAUGACGUACUCUUCGAGUUGUCGGAACCCAAGCCACAAAAUCGGCAGUCGCAACAUACUUCAGUGUGGUUUUCUCGCACAUCUGCUUUGCAAACGGCGGUCCUCGCGAAGAACGCACCUUCCUCGUUCCUAGAAGAGCGGCAAAAGCGGAACAAGAUCGCGACACGGCACCAUCGUGCAUUCUACGAGACCGACGCCGGCGUGGAGCGCGGCGAUACGCACGACAAGCUGGCGAAGUGGGACCCGAAGGAGAAGCUCACCUCUCUGUACGACAAGUGGGGCGACUUCUGCACGGACAAUUAUCCGAAAGAGGGCCAGUACGCCGAAGACAGUGUGAAUUUCAAGCACCAGUGUCUGUACCUCCCGCCGGUGUCGUUCCGCCGCAUCCCCCAAUGCGUGUCGACAACGGUGUCCGACGCAGAAAUCAUGCAGUUGGACAAAGUCUGGAACUUCCGCCUCCGCCGCGACAAGCAAACGUACAGCCAGGAGCGGGCACUAGACGACUUGACGAUGCAGUACUUCGUGAUCAAGAACGACCUCAAAGCGAUCGAAGCGUCCAUGGAUCCGGAAAAAGCGAAGAAGGCCUUUGACAAGGAAAACGCGAACAAGGGGUGGGGCAACAUCUUCAAGCAGCAGGUCAUGAAGAGCUACGCGAAUUUACGGGAUAUGGGUUACGGCGACGCUGCGGGAACAAACGGUGGUGUGGUGGCCGUGGCGCCCAAAGUCGAUUUCCGCUACCAACCCGCGCCGCUCGUGAAGAACGUCCUGUCUCUACUGCAGACAGACCAACCGGGCAAAAUCGUGUCGCAAAACAGUUACCUGUACCAGAUGGGCGCGUUUCUGGUCAAACACACGGACAUGGAGUGGAGCAAAUUUGUUUGCAGGCAAAGGCCGCUGAUGACGAAAUCCGAGUUCCGGGAAUUCUACGACUUCGUGAAGGUCAACACCAUCCGGAAACGGGAUCGAAUCAUGGCGAAAAACCCUUAUCUCACGGGGGAAGAGGUCACAAAGGAAGCGAAGGGCGGAAAGCCCCUGCCCGACGACAUCGACCAGAUGGAUUGCCCGAUCCCGAUCACGGUGGAAGUGGUGGGCGACUUUACGACGAGUGACGCGCCGCUGGAAACCACCUUCAGCAUGAACGCCUUCGAGAAAACGAAGAUGAAGGACCUCACCAAAUACGCCAUCCAGGAGUUUUUGUACCGCAACCCCUUCCUGAAGAAGCAGUUCACCUCCGGCAGGUACCGGUUCAGGCUGUACAAGCAGGAUAUCAAAAGUAAAAAUGUCUGGGUCUGGAAGAAUGCAACUUGUGAUGCUGAAUUUGGAUUCCAAAAAAAUCUGUAUUGCAUGAGCAGCAAAGGGAAUGCAAUUUUUGCUACGCGGAGAGGGCAUUUGUCAUGCGGAAUAGGCAUCGCGAAACCCUCAAAAAAUCUGUGAUGCUAGGGCAUGCAUCACAGACAUCAUGGCCAAUGCAAAACAUGCAUGACAAAUCUCAGAAUCUUCCAGACCCAGACAUUUUUACAUUUCAUACAGGAGCCGGUCGUGUCCGAGGGAAAGGAAGACGACAUGAACGAUGAGGAGAUCGUGGACGAGAAGGCUUUGAUAUGACAGUGCACAACUCCCCCUCCCCUCAUUUGUCAUGCAAAAUACCCAGUCCACCCUUUGCCUGCUCUUGGCAGUGUUUGCAUGACAAGUUCUGGCAGCCCAAAUAGCCCUACACUCCAGCGCAAAUUUCUCAUGCAAAACCGGCACUCUUGCUGAUGCUUGUAUUGCCGUUCAUGCUGUACAAACGAGGGGGAGGGGGAGUUGUGCACUGUCAUACUUGAGCGAGGAAGACAUCGUGAAGGACUGGCAAGACCUGGCCGGGUUGAACAAAAAGCAGCAGGACCAGGUGAAGCUAGAGAAGCAGCAACUCGACAACAAGCGCACGGGCGCGAGCAUCAGCGCGCUGUCGUCCGGGGAGAAGCAGGAGCGGAUUCUGGCGAAUAUGGAAGACUUCUCGUUCGACGAGGACAGGAUACAAGAUCUGGGGGAAACCCUGACGGAUUUGAAACUUGGACCGCACUCAGUAAUCACCUUGCGCGCACUCCCGAAGAAACCGGAGGCGAGCAAAUGGAUCGGGCCGGAGGGAGACCGUACUAUUAGUUGAUGACUUUUUUUCUCAAUGGCAACUGCAGUGACUAUACGAAAGUAAGUAGGUAAUUACGGUAUUUUGGUGUUGUUUUGUUUUAUUUCCCCAAAUCAUGAACUGCACCAGAAUUCCGCCCCGGCGACCUGAUUGUCUUCACCAAACUACCCUCCGACGCCGCCUGUGGAUGCGCAAACGUACCCAUGGAGCUCGUGGACGUGAACGACGACGUCUGGGAGGGGCGGCAAUGGGUCGUGAAGCGACCGAGCAAGAAGGGCAAAGGCGACUUUUUUGCACAAAGCGAGGACAAAAUCGGAGCAGCGACGUCGUCUGCAGACGCGGGAACGCUCUACCGCAUCCGCUCGGACAAAGUCAUCCCCGCUGCGAACAAGAAAAUUCUGUCCCAGGCCGAGCGCGCAGAGCAGCAGGUUAAACUGGGUGAUAUCCUCGUGAAUGACGACGAGGUGGCGGUGAAUAAAGGCGGCAGGAGGCCGAAGUCCGCAUUGGCCGGUGACGACGACGACCUGGCAGUACCGCAUUCGGAUGUCCACAACACCGACAGGGCGGAAAAAAUCGGCAAGACGGAUUCCGACGCAGCAGGAGCCGGCAGUGGCAAGCUGGUGGAUGACACGACCGGUAGUGGAGUUGCGGGCAGUGGAGAAGAUGAAAAGACGGAGGAUCAUGGCAGCGCCACAAAAACGUCGAAACCACCGACGGAGAGCUACAACCCUGUCGGAAUCCCGGAGGAGUCUCCAGUGUCGAAAACCAGCAACGCCGAAUAAGCGCUCGUGCGAUGAGCAAAGAAAAAAUGUAAAAUUGAUGCGAUAAAAAAACCUACCAGAAAGUAAAGAAACCGAAAAUGUUUCACGUUUCAAGUAAGAUUGGUGCUACCGCUUACUUCUUGGUUCCAUUGGCAUGAACGAAGGCAAGCCGAGCCUCUCUGCUCUCAGUUGCAUACGCAUGAUCCACU